AGAGAGAGAGAGAGAGAGAGAGAGAGAGAGAGAGAGAGAGAGAUAGAGAGAGAUAAAGAGCGAGCAACAGCUAAGGACAGAGGAUGUUUUGUAUGCACUGAGAUGGAAGAAGAAUGAAAAGAGAGAAAGAAUGAGGUAAAGAGAAGAUCUGCUUUGGUCACUUUUAAACCUACAAACCUCAGCACUGUGGAAAUUAACUGGAGGUGAAAGAUGACCAGUGCCUCUGCAGAACCGAGGAGGGAGCUCCACUCGUAAACACAUCAUCAUCAGCUCUUCCCACAAGGCAACAUGUCAACAUCAGGAGCAACAAACUACAACAAACAUCUCUCAUUCUCUGGUGAGGGUUUCAGAAUCGUGCCAUGGUGUUUAGAGCCUUCAGGUCUUGGACAUCUCACUGGCGUAGAUCAAUGUGGGUAUCAAAAUGAAGCUGGGCCAGAUCAUUCUCAGAAAGGUUUUGACAUGGAGGCAGCCUCAGUAAAGCUGAGAGAGAGAGAGCGAUUUUUUGAGGAAGUUCUCCAGCAUGAUGUGGACAUCUACUUGUCUGCUAAUCAUCUUCAUAUCAACAGCAGGAAACCUCCCAUGGAAAGCAUCUCAUCAUUGGAGGUUAAUGUGGACAUCCUGGAGCAUAUAGACCUUAUGGAGAUCUCUGACCACGAGGCUCUGGAUGUCUUCCUAAACUCUGGCAAUGAUAAUAGUGUUCUCACAACUACUCUACAGGAGGAAGACAAUGAAGAGUUGGAAGAUGAUGACGAUGGUGAGGUGGUUUUCAGACAGAAGCGAAAGCAAAUCAAGUCCAGAACCUCGUCCACUUCCACAUUGUCCAGCAAAGGCGACAGUGAUGGAGGCAGGGACACUCCAAUCAUCCAAUCAGAUGAGGAGGAAGUCCAGGUGGACAAUUUCAUGUUGACCUCCACAACCUCAGCCGUGGAGGAGCAUGAAGAGGAAGAGGUGGAGGAAGAAGAAGGGGGCUAACAACCUGGGCGGUUGCCAUAGCAAUGACACAAAAGCAAUACGGGUCCCCCUUAGCCCAAAUACAGGUGACAUAUGUUUGGUGACAAAGAUCCUUGUGAAAAUUAUUCUUCAAGAGUCCAUUAGUAAAGACAAUGGUUCCAUAAAGAACCACUGAUACUCAAAGAACGACCUGUAUGAUUGCAUGGUUCUUUGCAUGGUGAAAUGGUUCUUCGGAUUGAUGGAGAA